AUUGGUUCCCCUUUCCUUUAUUGUUUACCCAAGCCGAGUAUAAAUUGGCUUUUGAAAACAUGGUGGCAACUUCAUCUCAGAUGGCAGAAUCUAACAACCCAUGGAGCACACAGGACAAAUCACUUACAGGGUUGAAGAAAGCAUUGAUGCUUGGUGAAAGGACUGGGCACGUGGCGAAUAAGAGCAGUAGCUUGGUGCUAGAUCCAGAGAAAUCAACUCACCUGCCAUCUGUGAAACUAAUCCAGGUGUUGAAGAAAAUGAGCAGAGCACAGGCAGAGCUGAACAAGGUGAACCUGGAGAUUCAGUUAAGAAUGCAGGACAAGGAAACCAGAGAUAUAACACACCUGGAUGUACUAGAGGCAAGGAUCAACAAGAUCAAGAGCCUCAACAGCCACAUAGAGUGUGUGAUAGAGAGCAAGGAGCUGCUGAACAGGCGACUACAGCAGCCCUUCCAGGGAGAGUACCUCAAGCUGGAGGCACAGCACCAUAAGUUUGCCUGCGAGCUGUUCCCACAGAUAACACCCUUGCUGGGAGAGUUGAGCACCAAUCUGGAAAACAUAGUGUGGGCGAAAUCCUUGAAGUGGACAGACGGACGUCUGGACAAGUUGAUAUCUGAAUUAUCCAGUGCUCUUGGUGCCAUGCAGACCAGCUUCCAGUCAUAUUGCCAGAUACAGCAGAGCAUGAGGCAGCUUCACGGCAUGCAGUCAGACCCUCUUCAGUCCACACGCAUAGAUCACUAGCUGGUCUCUACAUGAACUCACUAGCUUGUCUCUACAUGAACUCAGAGCACUAGCUGGUCUCUACAUGAACCCAGAUCACUAGCUGGUCUCUACAUUAACUCACUAGCUUGUCUCUACAUGAACUCAGAGCACUAGCUGGUCUCUACAUGAACCUAGAUCACUAGCUGGUCUCUACAUAAACUCACUAGCUUGUCUGUGCAUGAACUCAGAGCACAAGCUGGUCUCUACAUGAACUCAGAGCACUAGCUGGUCUCUACAUGAACCCAGAUCACUAGCUGGUCUCUACAUGAACUCACUAGCUUGUCUCUACAUGAACUCAGAGCACAAGCUGGUCUCUACAUGAACUCAGAGCACUAGCUGGUCUCUACAUGAACCCAGAUCACUAGCAGGUCUCUACAUGAACCCACUAGCUUGUCUCUGCAUGAACUCGGAGCACUAGCUGGUCUCUACAUGAACUCAGAUAACUAGCUAGUCUGUAUAUGGAUUCAAAUCACUAGCUAGUCUUUAUAAUGACUCAGAUCACUAGCUAGUCUCUAUAAGGACUCAGAUAACUAGCUAGUCUCUAUAUGGAUUCAAAUCACUAGCUAGUCUUUAUAAUGACUCAAAUCACUAGCUAGUCUCUAUAGGGACUCAGAUCACUAGAUAGUCUCUAUAUGGACUUGGAUCACUAGCUAGUCUCUAAGGUCAUCUACCAUAUAUGAACUCGUAUCAAAAGCAAACUUAAAACCUUCCAUAAAUCCAGUUUAGAUAAAGAUUACAGAUGAUAUAUGGUAACGGAAAACUCAGCUGCAUGUUUGGCCUGGGCCAUGUGAAGUUAAUAUUGUAGUCAGUUAUAGUAUGAUAAAUCGUGAUACAAAUAAAACAAUUGAACAUUUUAUUAAAUGAAAAAUGUCCCUAAGUACACAUAAAAAAUAGCAAAAUUUAAUUAUCGUUUUUUAUUAUAACAGUUUGUUUUUUUUCAAUUUGUAAGUAUUUUUUAAUUGCUUUAAAGUCAUUUGUUACUACUAAAUGUUGAAUUGGUAAAUAUGUAAAUAUAA